AAUCCCGACAAAGUACACCAUCGUCUCCUGUCUUGAUGUUCUCCCUCCGUCGCCCUCCCUCCCUCUCUCUCCUCACCUAUCAUAUGCUCCUCGCCUCCUAUCUUCUUCUCCUUCCUCCGGCUAUCGUCCUCACUGCAACCCACUAGAUCGGUGGACAAACCCAACCAGAACUCCAUAAAAUAGUGUCGAUCUCCACAAGCACAUUUCUCUCUCUUUCUCUUUCUGAAAAAAAUUCUGCCGAGCCACAGUGUUUUUCCCUAAUCCCUAGCACCUAGCCGUGCUUGCUUGACCUCACUCUCUGCCUCUCGCUCGAACGCCCGCCGUGCUUGCUUGACCUCACUCUCUGCCUCUCGAUCGAACGCCCGCCGCCGACGGCGUUCUCCUGCCAUGCCCGGUGCCUCCACCGCCCCACAUCAUCACACCAAAUCAGCUCAUCAGCCCCACAAGAACUGUUCGUAGGUCACGGAAUCCAUUACUACCCAUACUCCUCCAGCUCUCUGAACCAAAAAAAAGAUCAUCUUGUUUAUAUAUACCAUGGUCUAAUCGGCCAUGGAUGUCACCGGAGACGCCGGCGGAGGUCGCCGCCCCAACUUCCCCUUGCAGCUGCUGGAGAAGAAGGAGGAGCAGGCUUGCUCCACGUCCCCAGCGGCUGGUGUGGGCGCCGGCGCCGCGGGUAAUGGUCGGUCGGCGGGGCCGGGAGAGUUGCAGGUGAGGAAGGCGCCGCCGCCGAAGCGGACCUCCACCAAGGACCGGCACACGAAGGUGGACGGGCGCGGGCGGCGCAUCCGGAUGCCGGCGAUUUGCGCUGCGCGGGUGUUCCAGCUGACGAGGGAGCUGGGGCACAAGACGGAUGGCGAGACCAUCGAGUGGCUGCUGCAGCAGGCGGAGCCGGCGGUGAUCGCGGCCACGGGCACCGGCACCAUCCCCGCCAACUUCACCUCUCUCAACAUCUCCCUCCGCUCCUCGGGCUCAUCCUUCUCCAUCCCGGCACAUCUCCGCGCCGCCGGCCUGCCCGGCCCACGCUUCGGCGGCGCGCGGGGCGACCCGUGGGACCGCGUCGUGGGCCUCGGGUUCGGUGGCGCCGAGGGUCCGCCGUCCGCUACCUCCUCGGCGUCGUCCCCGCUGCUGAGCUUCCACUCCGGCAGCGUCGGUCUCGACGUGUCGCCGUCGUCGACAUCUGCCGCAGCCAGCUCCGACCUGUCGAGGAAGCGCCAGUGGGAGCAAGAAAUGCAGCACCAGCAGCAACACCAACAGCAGCAGCAGCAAUACCAGCAGCAGAUGGCCGGGUACACGCAGAGCCAAAUGCCGGGCACCGUGUGGAUGGUGCCGAGCAGCAACGCGCAGGCCGCCGCAGCGGCGGCGGGCGGAGGCGGAGGCGGCAGCGAGUCGAUCUGGACGUUCCCGCAAGCAGCACGCGGCGGCGGCGGCGGCGCGGCGACCUUGUACCGCGGCGUGCCGAGCGGGCUACAUUUCAUGAACUUCCCCGCGCCCAUGUCGCUGCUCCCCGGCGGGCAGCAGCUGGGGCUCGGCCAAGCGGCAGGCGGCGGCGACAAUGGCGGCGGCGGCGGCGGAGGGGAGGGCCACAUGGGGAUCCUCGCCGCGCUCAACGCGUACCGCGCGCAGGCCGCCUCGGACGCUGCGGCGGCGGCGCAGAACGGCGCGGAAGGCGGCUCCAGCAGCCAGCACCAACAACCCCAGCACGGCGGCGGCGAGCGGCAGGAGAGCAUGAGCCCCAGCGACGACUCGUAGGUCUCCGCGGGGGCGUGCGCUGCUGGUCCUCCAAGGCGUCGUCGUCGUCUCUCCUGUUUUUAGUCUGUUCUCCUUGACUUCUUGUUUGCUGUUUUCUGGCUUGCAUUGUUCCGGCCCUCUCUGGCUUGCAUUUCAUGGCAUCUGUGGGACAAUCAUCGUCUCUCCUGUGCUCUUUGUGGUGCCACUGAUGAUGACACUGAGAGAAGACGUGGUGAAGGAACAAAUCCAUGGAGGAGAGAGGCUUGCAUCGUUAGGGUUCGCCGACGCGAUCGAUGCCGGGAGAUCGAAGACAGCCAUGUGUGGUGUGACACGCUCCAUUGCCCAACUUCCAAGCACGCGACCCUUCUUUCCGGGAUGCAUGUACCACUCCAGGUGAUUUCUGAUGCCGAAUUACCUUUUCCUUGCAUUGCGUUUCUCUCCCAGCUCUCCACAUUCUGUUGCUAGCCAAAAGCAAGAUCGACCACCCUUAUUAAUAAGAAGUAAUACAAGCUAUUAAUUCA